AUGGCCGAAGCCAUGUCAGAUCAACCAAACGGCGCUUCAACCGCGCCCGUUGAUGCUCCGCUCACAACUUAUACACCCAGAUACAUAGACAUUGGCAUUAACCUGGCGGAUCCCAUCUUCAGGGGUCGCUACCAUGGCAAAUCGAGACAUCCCGACGACCUGAAGGCUGUGGUGGGAAGGGCGGUCGAGGUCGGAUGCACAAAACUCAUCGUCACCGGCUCAUCUUUCAAGAGUUCAAGGGAUGCGCUCAAGCUCGCCAAAGAAUUCCCCGGCACAGUCUUCGCGACGGCGGGCAUCCACCCGUGCAGCAGUUCCAUCUUCAGCACAUCACACCACAAACACCACGACGAGAGCCAGAGCGAGGGCGAGGGCGAGGGCGCGGACGAGGCAGAGCACACCCCAGCCUGCGAUCCGGACCCGUCCCAGCCGAUCCCGGACGGCGAAGGGGUCGACCACGCGCGGAGCGAGAAGAUCAUCGCCGACCUAGCCGACCUGAUCGCCCAGGCCCGCAAAGAGUCGUCGUCGUCCUCGUCUUCUUCUUCCCAUCCUCCGGGCGGCGACCUCGUGGCCUUCGGGGAAUUCGGCCUGGACUACGACCGACUGCACUACUGCUCCAAGGAGGUGCAGCUGCACUCCUUCUCGGCGCAGCUGCGCCUCGCGUCCUCCCUGAGCCCGCCGCUGCCGCUCUUCCUGCACUCGCGCGCCGCGCACGCCGACUUUGUGCGCCUGCUGCAGGAGGCCUUUGGCGCGCGGCUCGAGCGGCUGGAGAGGGGCGGCGUGGUGCACAGCUUCACCGGCACGGUCGCCGAGAUGCGCGAGCUGAUGGACCUGGGCCUGUACAUCGGCGUGAACGGGUGCAGCUUCAAGACGGCCGAGAACUGUGCCGUGGUCAAGGAGAUCGAGCUGUCACGGCUGAUGCUGGAGACGGAUGGCCCGUGGUGCGAGGUCAGGCCCAGUCACGAGGGGUGGAAGUAUUUGGUCGAGUUUGAGGCGAAGGUGAAAGCGAACGCUGCUGCUGCUGCUGCGGCUUCCUCGCCGGCGCAGGGGGAGGUUGGAACCUCGGGGAAGCAGCAGCAGCAGCAGCAGCAGGGCAAGAAGAAGAACCAGAAGAAGGAGCCCGAGGUUCCAGAGCGGUUCAAGACGGUGAAGAAGGAAAAGUGGGAGGAGGGUGCCAUGGUCAAGGGGCGGAAUGAGCCGUGUACGAUCGAGCGUAUCGCCAAGAUCGUGGCGGGCAUAAAGGGGGUCUCCGUCGAAGAGGUUUGCGAGGCCGCCUGGGCGAAUACGGUUAAGGUGUUUGGGUUAGACUCCUAG